GGAACUUGACCAAGGUGUUGAAAAUGUAAACAUUUACGAAAAUAAGUUGUAUCCCAUUUAGACGUAUUAUUUAUUAAUAAAAUAUAUUAAUUGAUUUACGAUCCAUUUUCGUAUUUAAUUAGUUUGUCAAGUUUGUGAAGUUGUAGCACGAAUACGAAGAAAACUUUGCUGUUUACAAAUACUUGUAAAUCUACUCUGUAGGUUAGUAAUCAUCGCGAAUCGUUUGAAUCGAUCAGCCUGCGAAUAAUAAAAUCGUUUACAGAUGGCCGGUUGGUCGGGAUGGCUGCUGCUCGCCCUUGUCGCACAAGCGCUGGGCUGGGCGCGCACCGCCAGGAUCCUGGGCGUGUAUCCCAUGCCCAGCAGAAGCCACCAUGCAGUGAUAAACUCGCUGCUCAAGGAGUUGGCUGCGAGGGGCCACGAGGUCACCGUCAUAUCCAGCUUCCCUCCGGAGAAGCCACUCGCCAACUACAGGCACGUCGACUUUGACUUCGACGUGAAGAACUUCAAAGGGAAAACAAAUCAAUUUGAUGUUGGCAAGAUCAACUCUUUUUCACUUAUGGUACGUGUUCUUGGUAUGGGAGAGAUAAUUUCCAAACAUAUGUUUGAAAAUGAGAAAGUACAAGAACUAAUAAAAUCAAAGAAGUACAAGUUUGAUGUUGUCAUAUUAGAAGAUUUCGGCAAUGAAGCAUUAGCUGGAAUAGCUCAUGUAUUUAAUGCACCACUAAUUUACUUCAAUUCUGCUGUUGGUUUUGUUUGGACGAAUGACUUCAUUGGGAAUCCCAGCUGCUACGCAUACAUUCCAAACGUAUUCUCGAGCUAUAGUGAUCACAUGGCAUUCACAGAGAGAGUACACAACACUCUCCAUAAUCUGUUCUCAGAACUGUAUUAUCAUCUAAUUUUUAUUCCUAAACAAGAUUCUUUGAUGAGAAAAAAUUUGCAAGAAAUUGUUGACCUGCCACACCUAUCUGAAAUAAAUGCAAAAACAUCUCUCGUCCUUACGAAUGCAUUGCCAGGCAUAAAUUACCCACAGCCUGUGUUACCAAAUCUCAUUCAAGUUGGAGGAAUUCAUAUAUCGCCUCCAAAACCGUUGCCACAGGACCUACAAGCAUUUCUGGACAACACCAGCGAAGGUGUGAUAUAUUUCAGCAUGGGAUCUCUUCUUAAGAGUGCAGAGUUUCCUAAACACAUACAAGAAUCCUUCUUAAAGGCAUUUGGUAAACUGAAGCAGAAAGUUCUAUGGAAAUUUGAGGUCAGCAAUUUGGCAGGGCAGCCAAGCAAUGUUGUCAUUAAAAAUUGGUUUCCACAAAAUGAUAUCUUAGCUCACCCUAACACGAAGCUCUUCAUCACUCACGGUGGUCUCUUGAGCAAUCAGGAAGCUGUGUAUCAUGGAGUGCCUCUUUUGGGAAUUCCCAUUUUUGGAGACCAAAGAUUCAAUAUGAGGAACACUGAAAGGCUGGGUUAUGGUCUCAUUCUGGAGAUGUCCAACAUUACGGAUACAUCCGUGGAAUGGGCUCUAAAUGAAGUUCUGAACAAGCCAUGCUAUGCUGACAGAGCAAAAAUGGUUUCAAGAAUAUUCCGGGAUCAACCUCAGACUUCCAAGGACAAAGCUGUGUUUUGGACAGAAUAUGUUAUUAGGCACAAAGGGGCACCACACCUGCGCUCGGCUGCCUUAGACCUCGCGUGGUACCAGUACCUGCUUCUGGAUGUCGUAGCGGUCAUUUUGCUUGUCAUUUUCACAUUUAUUUCUAUUGUUAUAUUUUCAUGCAGAAAACUGUUUGGUAGUAAAAGGAGUAAGCCUGUAAGUCUUAAGAAGAAAAUUAAGUGAUAAAGACUUCAAACUCUAGUCUUAUAUCAAUCUUUGUUAUAUUUAAAAAAUUUUUUUAACUGAUAUUGUAAUGUAAACUAAAGGUAUCAUGGUUUGUGGAUUAAUUAAUAACAGGAGUGGACUGACCAGGUUUGGAAGUUCGGAAAUACCACCAAUGUCCUCGUAACCAGAUAUUCUGUAGACAUGUAUGUGAAAAAGAGAAAAUUAUCAAAAAAUAUUUAAGAAUAAAGAGUUCUCAACAAUGAAGUUAGAAGGAAGAUCCAUAGGAUAAAA